GCCGCGGAGGGGGAGAAACUGCGUGUGCGCCCCAUCGACGAACGCGCGCUCCGACUCCGGGGCAUCCGCUCCACCCUCCAACGCCCGCUAGCCCUUACCCCAACCCUAGCCGAACACUCAGCGGCGGCGCCCUGUCCCCGACGUGCCUUGGGAUCCGUUGGCCCUGCUUCGUUCGGUGGCGGCUGCCGCUGCCGGGGAUCAUCAUGAAGGGCCUUUUCAAGUCGAAGCCGCGGACCCCCGCCGAGUUGGUGAGGCAGACAAGGGACCUCCUCGCCUACGUCGACGCGAACCCCAAUCCCCGCAACGGCAAGCGGGAUGAUAAGAUGAUAGAACUAUGCAAAAAUAUUAGGGAAUUGAAGUUUAUUCUUUAUGGCAACAAUGAAGCUGAGCCAGUUGCUGAUUCUUGUGCACAACUGACUCAAGAGUUCUUUAGAGAAAACACUCUACGUGUACUAAUUGUUUGUCUCCCAAAGUUGAACUUAGAAGUUCAAAAGGAUGCAACUCAAGUUGUAGCAAAUUUGCAAAGACAACAAGUCAAUUCACGAUUAAUUGCAGCAGAUUAUUUGGAAGCUAACAAGGAUCUUUUGGACCUUCUAAUUUCUGGAUAUGAGGACAUGGAUAAUGCUUUACACUAUGGAUUGAUGCUUAGAGAAUGCAUCCGACAUCAGUGUGUAGCAAGGUAUAUUCUAGAGUCUGAUCAAGUGAAUAAGUUCUUUGAUUAUAUUCAAAUUCCAAAUUUUGACAUAGCUGCAGAUGCCAUUAAAACUUUUAAGGAGCUAAUGACAAGGCAUAAAUCAACUGUUGCGGAGUAUCUUUCCAAAAAUUUUGACUGUUUUUUUACAGAAUUUAACUCAAGAUUGCUGUCAUCUCCUAAUUAUCUCACCAAAAGGGCAUCUGUCAAGCUUUUAGGUGACAUGUUACUGGAGCGAUCAAAUUCUCGAACAAUGGUGCGCUAUGUUAGUUCAAAGGACAAUCUUAUAAUUCUGAUGAAUCUUCUCAGGGAAUCGAGCAAAAAUAUUCAGAAUGAAGCCUUUCACGUAUUCAAGUUAUUUGUUGCCAAUCAAAAUAAGCCACCUGAAAUUAUAACUAUACUGAUUGCAAACAAAAGAAAGCUUCUUCUCUUACUUGACAAUUUGAAGUUAGACAAAGAAGAUGAGCAAUUUGAAGCUGACAAAGCACAAGUCAUUGGAGAGAUAGCAACUCUUCACUAAGAGAAUUCUUCAUAAAAUUCAAUAAUAUCAGGCUUUUCCAUGUGAUACUAUAAUUUAUGUUAAUGCAUUGCUUCAAUCUCCUUGUGAACAAAUUCUGUAUAUAUGCAUAUAGCAGAUGCCAAGGCCGGAACGCGAGUCUACUCUCUAGUUCAUCGUGCUUUGGUUUGACUCACCUUUUUUACUUUGCUGGUUCACUUGAAAAAGGCAUCUGAUUGCAGACAUCAAUCAUUACUUGGCCCUGUGAUUUUUUGGCUGGUAAAUCAAUGCGCA